UCCUCUUCCCUCCAUCACACUAUUCUUUUCCUCAUCCCUUCAUUGUCCCUUCUCACCCUCCUCUCCCCGAUCUUCUCUCCGCUCAUCUUCCCCCUAUUUUUUUUACCUCAUUCGUUGACAUUUUUGCAGUCAGUGUUUUUUUUAUGCAUUUCAUUUUUUAUUUUUUAUUCCAGUUUUAUAACCCCCUUUAUUCAUCUAUUACAUUGUGCUACCCCCAUUAAUGAAAGCAAUAUCGUCAUUUCUCCCCUUGUGUUUUCAAUCGCGUUCUCCUAGAAGACUGUGAUCAGGGAUCCAGCUGUCUCUCCUCCCUCUGAUCUGAUAUCCCGGAGCGUGAUAGGGAGGGGGAAAAUCUGCACCAUGCCAGCAGGCUGUCCUGGAUCUGCACACAUGGCGGCACAUGAGCCUGAGAUUAAGAGCAGUGUCUCCUUCAUACCAUGCUUCUUAUUUGUAGAGCUUGUCCUCAUGGCCGGCACAGUUAUUCUCUCCUACCAUUUUGAGUACACAGACACCUUCCCUGUCCAUUCCCAGGGAUUCUUCUGCUAUGACAGUACACUGUCCAAACCUUAUCCGGGUCCUGAAAGUACCAGCCGAGUCCCUCCACGUCUCCUGUACCCGCUGAUCACCGUGCUGCCUGUCCUCACGAUCCUCCUGGGAGAAGUCUCCACGGUCCUUAUCAAUCCACGAUGGAGUAGCAGGGAGAAGAUCAUUUCUUGCGGAGAUUGUUGCUUCUUCAAUCCUCUUCUGCGGCGCAUUGUCAGGAUCUUGGGGCUUUUCUCAUUCGGUCUCUUUUGCACUGUAAUCUUUGCUGGAGCUGUUCAGACAGUCACCGGUAACCAGGCCCCUCAUUUUCUAUCUGUCUGUCGCCCCAACUACACUGCUCUCGGAUGCAAGUCCCACAUGCAAUAUAUAGCUUCACCCUAUGCCUGCAAUGGGGACCCUGAUCUAAUCAUCGAGGCUCGGAAAACCUUCCCCUCCAAACCUGCAGCCCUGGCGGCGUACGCUGCAGUUUACACCACGAUGUACGUCACGCUUGUUCUGAAAGUGAAGGGUUCCCGUCUGGUGAAGCCCUCCCUGUGCCUGGCACUGCUGUCUCCUUCAUGGUUUCUUUGUUUGCUGCGUGUGGCUGAAUAUCGUAACCACUGGAGAGAUGUUCUUGCCGGCACCAUAACUGGAGCAGCUAUAGCUAUUUUCUUGGUAACCUGUGUACUGAAUAACUUUGGGACCUCCUCAACAGAAGAAAGUGACCUAAUUCAGAAAGAGCAGGAGGGGGUCUUUGAGGCCGAAAACACUCUACCUGCAGGAUGUGAAAAGAUAGCUGUGAUAAAGAGUACAAGCGACUGUGACAUCAUCCCGCAAUCUCAUCCUAAUAGGAUCUUGGAAGUUCACCCUCCGAUGUCACUUGACCCUCCUCCAUGUCUCGUUCCCGUAACCCCUGAUGUUCUGAUCCCCUCAAACUGUAUUUCCAGCCAGGUAUGAGUCCGCUGGGCUACACAGUGAAGAUCUGGGAACAGGCUCCUCCAGCGCCAAUUUUAUCAAGGGCUGGAAAGACCUAACCGGGAGCAGUGGCCACGUCUGACCACGGAGCACUCUGUCCGCAUGUGCCAGACACCCCGCUCGUCUGUAUCGUGUAACAUAUUACAGCUGAUGUUUUUGUAGUUUUUCUAAAUCCAGGAGGACUGAAGCGUGACCUGUUAUUUGUAUAUGUGCCGCACCCAUCAGUAGAACCACCCAGCAAUGCUUUUCUACUAACAUAAACACACAUAGUAAAUCCAUUCAACUACAUAUUCAUGUCCACAGGAAGCAGUGUUAUAGUAGUCUUAUUAUUUUCUAAAGCAAGCAGUGUUAUGGUAGUUUUAUUCUUUUUUCUAAAGGAGGCAGUGUUACAGUAAUUUUAUUCUUUUCGAAAAGGAGGCAGUGUUAUAGUAGUUUUAGUAUUUUCCUAAGGGGCAGUAUUAUAGUAAUUUUAUUCUUGUACAUAAGGGAAGCAUUUUAAUAGAUUUUUUUCAUACAGGUAGCAUUAUAAUGAACCUUUCCAAUAAAUUGCAUUACUGUAGCAGCUAUUUUCUUGUACAUAGGGGGCAGUAUUAUAACAGCUUUAUUCUUAUACAGUACAUACAGGGAGUACAGUACAUACAGGGAGUAACAUUAAAGUAGGUAUAUUCUAGUACAUAUAGGGCAGUAUUUUUCCAUCUCCUGACAUCCAACUUUUCCAGCUCCUCUGGCCUGUUUGCAGAGGCCGGAGGUGGUCGGUAAAGCCAAAAGCAGCUAAAGCAGGGAGGUUAAACUUUUUUUUUUUUUUUUUUUU